AUGAAGAUCAUAUUUUAUUUACUGCUGAUGCUCAGCGUCGGGCGAUGUGAGCUUGAUCAGAUCUUUGACACACAGACUGUUGGUGUUGGAGAUGAUGUGGCACUGAAAUGUGCCCGUGAGUCUUCAGGAAGCUUGUUUUGGUUCAGGCUUGUUUCUGGAGACUUGCCUAAAGUCUUAGGAAAAACAUUUAGCUUUGAGACGGAUCCUCGCAUCACAGCCACCGAAGAGCCUGGAUUCUUUGUUCUGCUUAUUAAAGAAGCAAAGCUCAGUGAUGCUGCAGUUUACUUCUGCAUGAAAAAAUACAAGAACAACUUCACGUUUCUGAAAGGAAUAGACCUCAGAGUUAAAGGGCCAGAUACCACUGCAGUCCCUCCGUCUGAUCCAGUCCGUCCAGGAGCCUCGUUGUCUCUGCAGUGUUCAGUCCUCUCCGACUCCGAGAACAAAACCUGUCCAGGAGGACACAGUGUGUGCUGUUUCAGAGCCGGAUCACAUCAGUGUCACCCAAGUUUUAAUUAUACUGAUGGAAACCGCGUCGCAGAACAUGAAAAGAACCCUGACGGACUCUCGCAGAAGAAAUGUGUCUACAGCUUCUUCAAGAACGUCAGCUCGUCUGAUGCCGGGACAUGUUUCUGUGCUGCUGCCACAUGUGAGGACACAUUUUCCAUUUCCAACGAUUCAAAACUCAACACUGAAGCACUCAACAUGUGGAAUUCACAGAAAAACAACACAGUUGUCUGUCUGUUAUGUGCAGCUUUGGUUAUAAGCCUGAUUGUUAUAGCCUUUCUCACUUAUUCAGUCAAGAAGCUCAAGAAAAAAUCUUGCGCUUGUUGCGACGAUGCUUUUGCUCUGCAAACAAGUGCAGCAUCAGCUGGUGGUCAUCAGCAAAGUCAGCAGACAGACGAGGACUCGCUGGUUUAUUCUGCACCAACCUUCACCAGCAGGAAAACCAGCAAGGGAGGGACGAGGGACGCAAAAACAGACGAGGAAGAGAGCAUCUACAGCCAUGUCCGGGCUCGUGGACUCGAGUCUGAAAACCAGACUUGAUACUUAAUGCUGAG